AUGUUUUUUUACAAAUCUGAUAUUAUUCUGUUCCUACAGUUGGACAUGGCAUCAUCUGCUACCAUCAGUUCAGUUGGCGCUCAGGCUGCUCUGGUUUCAAAGCCAAGGAAUCAUGGCAUCGGUGGCUUAAAGGCGUCCUCAUCAAUUAACUUCGAAUUGGGAUCCUCGUUCCUGGGCAAGACCGGGUCUCUUCGGGCAUCUGUUACCACAAGGGUUGUGCCCAAGGCGAAGUCUGGGGCUCGGAUACUACCGGAGGCAUCUUACAAAGUGGCGGUACUUGGUGCUGCUGGGGGCAUCGGCCAACCAUUGGGCCUGCUGAUCAAGAUGUCUCCUCUGGUCUCGGAGCUGCGACUGUACGAUAUUGCAAAUGUCAAGGGAGUCGCUGCUGAUCUCAGCCACUGCAACACACCUUCUCAGGUCAUGGACUUCACUGGCCCAGCGGAAUUAGCCAGCUGCUUGAAAGGUGUGGAUGUUGUUGUCAUCCCCGCCGGGGUCCCUAGAAAGCCUGGGAUGACUCGUGAUGAUCUUUUCAACAUCAAUGCGGGCAUCGUCAAGUCACUUAUCGAGGCUGUUGCAGACAAUUGCCCUGAUGCCUUUAUCCAUAUUAUCAGCAACCCAGUCAACUCCACAGUGCCGAUUGCUGCUGAGAUUCUGAAACAGAAGGGUGUCUACAAUCCCAAGAAGCUUUUUGGGGUUUCCACCCUAGAUGUUGUCCGAGCUAACACAUUCGUAGCUCAGAAGAAGGGCCUCAAGCUCAUUGAUGUUGAUGUCCCAGUUGUUGGUGGUCAUGCUGGAAUUACAAUCCUGCCUUUGUUGUCAAAGACGAGGCCAUCUGUCACCUUCACGGAUGAGGAAACUGAACAGCUGACGAAGAGGAUACAGAACGCUGGGACAGAGGUGGUGGAGGCGAAAGCGGGUGCUGGAUCUGCUACCCUGUCCAUGGCUUAUGCUGCUGCCAGAUUUGUUGAGUCUUCACUCCGUGCACUGGCUGGUGAUCCAGAUGUUUAUGAGUGCACGUAUGUUCAGUCUGAGUUAACUGAGCUGCCAUUCUUUGCGUCCAGAGUUAAGAUUGGCAAGAAUGGUGUUGAGUCCAUCAUUUCUUUGGACCUGGAGGGAAUAACUGAGUACGAGGCCAAUGCACUCGAGGCAUUGAAGCCUGAGCUGAAGGCCAGCAUCGAGAAGGGCAUCGAGUUUGCGCACAAACAGCAGGGAGCCGCCGCAUCUGUUUGA